AUGUAUACUCUCUUCAGUUCGCUUCCUAAUAGGCUCCUGUCCCAUUCAUUCUUCAUCGUAUCUGUCAGCGCCGCAGCGCUGAAGAACAUUACCAUCUCAGUCCCAGAAGGAACUACGGACCAUGGAGACCCAAACCUACUAUGCACGCCCACUUCAUGGACUAAUAUCGUCUCGUUCUACCUUGGCAACUACCUCGCGCAUGCCGCGACCGUGAAGUCCCCUCCCGGAGGAAGGACAGCCGGGAUGAUCGCUGAUGUGGUUGGGUCGUUGCUCUUCCCACCAUUUAUGGCCCUCCGAGGUGUUCAAGCCAUCACGAGCAUGGCCAUAUGGCCCAUAUUUGGAAAGUCUGAUCUCCGGACGGCGACGCGCGCGGGGGCAUUGUGCAUGAUUGUAAGAACGACGAGUUGGAAGCCGGAAGCCGGUGAUGUGGUUUCAGAUGCGAUGCAAAAGUCCACCGUAUGUGGAGAUGCGGCCCCGGCCGCUGCAGAAGAUGAUCAGGCCGCCCUUCUCCCUGCUGAGAGCAUCCCGAUGAGAGCCAUGUCUGACAACGAAUCAACGAGCGGCAAAUGCAACGUCUUUGUGUACGAUGCGCCGUGGACGUUCGCAGUUGGCACUGUCUUGGCGGCAACCGGCCGUCACAUACACGCAUCCUGCAAACUGCCUGAAGACCUACCCGAUGGUUAUGGCAUCGCCGUUGUACCCCGUGAUGCAACGGUAAUGCCGCAGGACGGAGAAGAGGACGCCAACCUCAUUUCGAACAACUACAGCCUCGUAAAAGCAUGCGUUGCACUUGGUCAAACGGUCUUUGCCAUUGCCACACUGUAUCGUGCAAAGGGCAACCAGCUGACCCAGUUCGGCUAUGCAGCGUUCGGUCUUACCGUAGCACCGUACGCUGUAAUGUCAAUUCUGAACCUGCUCGGCAGCAUUUGCAGUCCCGAGUAUCCUGCUAUGUAUCUCGUAGAGUCUUCGGUGAUGAGAGAAGCGAGAAAACACGGCCUCCACGUUCACGGCACUGUUGGUGUACUCCAGGAGCACCCUGUCGCUUUCCAGGAAAACCAGCCGGGAUCAUGGAGGAGAUUACCCUCCAGUUUGAUCUUCGAGGAUGGGCCAGAUGACCGUCUGGUCGUUCAUGCAGGCUCGGAUCACACCCUUACAGUCCUGAAGCCGAACGCAGACAAUGAGAAGGACCUCACGACUGCUGUUUCGGCAAUCCUUGUCCCAUCUUGCCCGCCUCUUGCAGCAAAGUCGAAGCAGUUCGUUAAGAACGCGGAGUGGCAACCUAAGGGCAAGUGGAUUGUGAAUACAGUGGACUCCACGGGGAGAGAGAAUAAGUCAGGCAAAUAUGGCUACUCCAUGUUGGAGUACUCGAUGACCAUUCUAGUUUCCGUCAUCCCGCUCGCCAUCGUCGGGGCGAUAUCACGUUUCGAUCCCGGUGCGAGCACUACGGCUCAGCGGGCCUGGACAAUGACCUGGCUCGUCUAUGGCGUCUUCCUUGGGCUGCUCUACGAGUUGGUUGUUUCUGCCGUAACGGAUAAUAUCGAUGAGAAGGAGUACGACCCAACUAUGAACCUGGUUGUAACAGUUGGGUUUGCAUUACUCUUUUCGGCUCCUGCGAUCGGCGGCUUGGUUGUCGUGGGUCAGAUGCUGAUGGCUUAUGGCAACUGCAUUCUUAUCGACUGA